AUGGAACCUCUUAAGAUCUCCACCAUCCCGCUGCUGGACCUUAGCGCAGAGAAGAUGAACGUAUCGUCAUUCAGCAACGGGUGUGAGAAUUGCACGGCUGGGGAGGUGUUCCUCUCGGGUGUCCGCAACCUGCUCAUCUCGGUGAUUUACCUAAUCGUGUGCGCCAUAGGCCUGAGCGGCAACAGCCUGGUCAUCUACGUGGUGCUGCGUUACGCCAAGAUGAAGACGGUCACCAACGUCUACAUCCUGAACCUCGCCGUGGCCGACGAGCUCUUCAUGCUCGGCCUGCCGUUCCUCGCCACUCAGGUGGCCUUGAGCUACUGGCCCUUCGGGUCAUUUAUGUGCCGGCUGGUCCUCACUGUGGACGGCGUCACCCAAUUCACCAGCAUCUUCUGCCUGACGGUGAUGAGCAUCGACCGUUACCUCGCCGUGGUGCACCCCAUCAAGUCCACCAAGUGGCGCAAGCCCCGAGUGGCCAAGAUGAUCAACGCCACGGUGUGGACCUCGUCCAUUGUUGUGGUCCUUCCGGUCAUCAUUUACUCCGAGUUGCAGAAGGACUUGAACACGUGCAACAUCGACUGGCCGGAGCCCAAGUCGGUCUGGUCCACGGCCUUCAUCAUUUACACGGCGACCCUGGGCUUCUUUGGGCCCCUGCUGAUCAUCUGCCUUUGCUACCUGAUGAUCGUCAUCAAGGUCAAGUCGUCCAGGCUGCGCGUGGGCUCCACCAAGAGAAGGAAGUCCGAGAAGAAGGCCACCAGGAUGGUGAUUGUCAUCGUUGCGGUCUUUGUCUUCUGCUGGCUGCCUUUCUACGUCCUCAAUAUUGUCAACACGAUCGUCAUCUUGCCCGAGAAGCCCAUCUUCGUGGGGAUCUACUUCUUCGGGGUGGUCCUUCCCUACGCCAACAGCUGCGCCAACCCCGUCCUCUACUGCUUUCUGUCGGACAACUUCAAGAAGAGUUUCCAGAAGGUUCUGUGCCGGAAUUCAACGGAAUUUGACCCGGAAGUGCGACUGGCGGCCAAUCAACCAAGCACCACCAAAUGGAAACAAAAUGGUCAGCCAUCAAGGUCCACCCAUUAUGGCUCGCCGGGCUCACAAAGGUAAAGGUGUCGGGGGAAUAAAAGUGAGGAGAAACCUUUUAGCUCCUGGAACCGACAGCGUCACUGUGCAGAUGUCUCCUGUCCGUCUGAAACCAGGUUCCAGCUGUAAAGCAACAAGUUGGGUCCAUUGAUUCAAUCAUCUUCAAAUUGCCCAGCACUCGAGCCCCAUAACUACACAGCUACAAUAAGAGCUAACCUAGUUCCUAUCAUCAAAGUGCUCCUUCUCUCUCUCUCUCUCUCGCUCUCUCUGUGCUCAAUAUCACAUUGGAAGCAUCGCUGAAACUAGAAAGAGUCAGUGCCAGCAAAAUAAAAAGCCUCAUCUCAUCAUUUCUUCAAGUUUCCUCAACAAAGUCAGUGAGAUUUGGAAGAUCGCAGAGAGAGGUUUGGAUGAAUAAUGACCCUUUGGCUUGUUUGAUCCCAUUCUACCAGAGUACCGUCUUGCCAUCGAUGGCACCAAGCUGUUAGAUAUGAUACCCAACGUCCUGGCCUCAAUUAUGCUUCUUCGCUAUCCCCUGUUCCAGCUGUCGAUCGCCCCCAUGUAAGGAUACGCUGUACUUUGUGAUGUCUGUCCUAAAAUCACCCUUAGUGACCCCAACCCCGUGUUGCUAUGCCCUGCUCACUCGGAGUUGAAUCUUUAGCUGAGGUUGAGAAAAGUUCUUUUCGAAACGUGGACCAGAAACUCAAGUGCAAUCAGAACAGCAAUUUUACGUGAUUGCCGGCUGUCAGUGCCCAGAUUAAUUCCUAACUCCGUCUCCGCAUCUCGGCUUGCGGUUAAUGUGAAUCAGGAACAAGCACUUUGCGAUGGUUUUCAACAGAUGCAUCUCCCUUACCGUCAGGUCCACUGGAUAAAUUAAAUCGCCUACAUCAAUGACGGCUGGUAAAACCAGUUACCAGUUACCAGCAAGUGAUUCCAUCGUGCAAGUCAACAUCUAGAGGACAUCAAUCAAGCUCUUGAAUAACUCACAAAUCAUGUUAUAGUAACUAUUGCGAUCACGCUCAACUCGCAAGAGGCUUUCUCAUUAAUUAGCAAACUGUUCAACACGAAAGUUUCAGGAAGGACUGAGAAAUCAAUGGUAAAUCACCGCAAGUGACACACGCAAAGGUCAUCAAACUCUUUGACGCCCAGUCCAGCAAUUCGUUCACACAUGGAGCGUCAAACAAUGGAAAUGUUUUUUCUAAAAAAAAGGCUUGAAAAGGUUCAGUCAACCCAACUUCUAACCGCAAGUUUGAGGGAUUUCCUAACCGGUUCCUUAAUUAAGAAGCAUGAAAGGAGGAAAGGGAUGGGAAACUGGAAAGAAAUCACACGCACGCGGAAACCCAUCACCGUGCUGAAGAGUAUCCAAACCAAACUGAGAUUUCCGUGUGUCAACCAAUGGCUUCAAGUCGAUUCUGAGUGCCAUUCGCACAAGUCAUCGCCAUGGAUUUUCGGACUCCUUCAUCAAGAAUUAGCGCAAAAUCCAUUUUGAUUGUGUCGCGAAACGCGACCGAGAAAACUAGUGUGAAUCUUUAUGGGGAGGGAGAAACCAAGGCAACUGCAUCCAGACUGACUUUAUUGCAACGGUCCAUCAGUAAAGGCCGCUGAGAUGUGUGAAGAGGCUAUAUUUCUUUAUUGCAGUGUAUGUAGAGUUAGCGCUCCAUGGAAACGCUUGUACAAUGAUACCUGGCAACAGCCUGUUGCUUUAUGUGGUUCCAAGUUCUUCUUGCACCGAGUUAACACAUAAAUCCGCCACCUCCCACUGAGAGCGAAGUGUGUGAAGUGUGUUAAGUGCGAACUGUAAAUAAAUCGAUCGCCAUUGCUCCGCUAAUGCCGUUUUACGAUGAUGUGUGUGCAAAAGUCGGCCAAAGCUUUAGCGAAACGUUAAGGCGUCGGAAAUGAUGCUUCUUGUAGCCCUGUAUCGCGAUUUUUGCUCGGCUAAAAUAGCUCACGGUAUGACCCUUGUUGUAUGUGGAAAGCUGGCAAUAAUGCCCGUCCAUUACUGCGUUAUGUCGUGUGUGUGUGUGUGCGUGUGUGCGUGUGUAGCAUUGGAUCUCCGUGGAUUAAAAUCAACCGUUUGCAAACUCGA